AUGGAGGAGAACUUUAGCCCGGAGGAGGCUCGAUCGCAGCUCGUGACCAAACGUAAACUCCUUAAGAUGUUAAGCUUAAGUCCCGGACACAGUCACUCUCGCGGAGCUGAAGUGAGGGAGAAGAAAAUUCAGUCCAUGACAUGGCCGGUGAAACCCGUUCAAACCAUCAAGAAACGCAAAGUCUUUUUGGUCCAUCGGGGGACUCAGACGGAAGAGAUCCCUGACAUUUGCAUCGAGUGCGGGAAAGUGUUCAUCCAGAACUCGAGCCUAGUCAGUCAGUGGCAGGCGCAGCCUGAGGACAAACCACACAAGUGCUCCGAAUGCGGGAAAAGCUUUACAGUCCGCUCCAGCCUGAACCGGCACCAGAGAAUCCACACAGGGGAGAAGCCUUAUAUAUGUCUCGACUGUGGCAAACGGUUCAAUGAUAAAUCCAACCUCACGCAGCACCAGCGAAUCCACACAGGUGAGAAGCCCUACGAGUGUAUCGACUGUGGCAAAAGCUACAGCCGCAGCUCACACAAGAAGAAACACCUGAAGGACGCAGUGGAAGAACAGAUGGAGACCUGUGCCCCGGAUGAGGAUGGUGCCGACGUCAGCGGUGGCGGCAGCGAGAAACCGAAACCAAAGCAGAAGCCGGAGGUGCUGAACACCUGCUCAGAAUGCCUACGGAGCUUCAGCCACAACGCUGACCUUAUCAAACACAUGCGCAUCCACACAGGGGAGAAGCCCUACAAGUGCAACAUCUGCGAGAAGAGCUUCAACGUCAGCUCCAACCUCUUCAGACACCAGAGGAUCCACACGGGCGAGAAGCCGUACGUGUGCUCCGAGUGUGGGAAUUGCUUCACUGACAAAUCCACCCUGGUUCAGCACCACCGGAUCCACACUGGGGAGAAGCCUUACGCGUGCCGGUAUUGCGGCAAGUGUUUCAGCCAUAGCUCCCACCACAAGAGACACGAGAAGAUCCACAACAGAGAGAACCCAUUGUUCGCUUACCCUGUCCCGUUGUUUUAA